AUUAAGCACUCGUAGGGUGAAAAUUUUCAGCUUUAGGAAUCAAACUCGAAAUUUCCGACCAAAAUUGAAACUUAAAAGCAUGGGAAGAACAUAGAAGGUAAACAAAACGUAUGAGCCAGCAUGACUUAACCCUCCCAAGUUCCAAAGCUAUGGGACAGCACAGUCGCUCUAACUAAUGUGGUUAAACCCACGGGUAACCUGAGUUUAGGGCCACAAGUUUCAGUAAUCUUAUUAAGUGCCUUUAAACAGGACCCUAAAUUGGAAACUCUCAUCUUUUUUACCUCACGAUGGUCAUUAACUACCAUUCAAAACCUACUUGCAAAUUGAGAGGGAAAACCUACCAUUCAAUUUAUAUUCAGGCCAGUGGACUAGUAGAGGGCGAAACCAAUGCCCCCCAUCGUUUAGUCAACCAUCCACCUUCACCACCCUAAACACUCCAAUCCACUUUCCCAAACGCCUUCGUUUCCAUUCGGUUCGACCAGAUGACAAAACCCCAUCGCGUCUCUCGCCUUAGAGCUUGCGGUGCAACCCCCAAAAGCCAGAAUCCAUAAACCUUUGAAGACGACCGGCAAGUUUACGCCAUGAAAGGAAGCUUGCAGUCCCAGAACAGGAAAUCUCUGCAACAUCAAGAAGAGUCUGCCAGAAACAAAAGCAUUAGAAGAUUGCCCAUAAUCAGAGGAUUGGUGUUAUAUUACCAAAUUCUCUCCCAGAUGAACAUAUGCAACGGCUAAGGUAACUGCUACCGAAUUAAUACUUUAUGCGUAACUUUGACAUAGUAAGAUUAACUAUAGCAUGUACAAGAUACUAAUCUUCUGAAAGUAAUGACAUUCCAUCACAUAAAGGGGAUGGUACAACACAGAAAUUUUAUCCCUCACCCAUCUUACAGGUGCCCAUAAAAAAUCAUUCAAACUUCAUGAGAGCCAAACUAUCUUAACACUAUUUGAGAAGAAAUCUCCUCCCUAAAGGACAAAAAAUUUAGAAACAAUCAAAGUAUAGAGGGUGUGAGAAGGAGUGAGGGAGAAGUAGAACUGUUUUUUCUAGUACAACUGUACAACCUAAAUUCAGUGGCAGCUACACAUAAGAAACACAAGGCAAUAUGACUAACUUUCAACGAAUCCAUUAAAUAUGAUGCAUUUAUGAAAAUAUAGUUGUUCGUGAAGGCUCAGUAUAGUGCUUAUUUGUUUGAAUUAUUUGCUUUUCUGGGCUACGCAACGCUGGCAAGAACAUCGUACCUACUUAACUUAGGCCACAUCUCCUGUGUGUCUUAAAGGUCCUGACGUGUGAUGUUGGUCAUGUAGAGCCAAACACAGUAUGAAUUUGAUUCCAACAAGUAAACUUAUGUGAAGGCUUUCAGCGGGUCCAAACCCUUACGUUGUCUGCAAACAUAAUUAGUCCCUGCGAAAGUGAGACCGACCGACUGCGACGUGACUUUCCUUCUUUCCCUCACUCACUGCAAUCUGUGUACGACCCUCUCUCUCUCUCUCUCUCUGCAACUCUCAAGCUCCUCAAAACAAGCAAAAAGCAAACUCACUCGCCCACGCAUUCAUUCAUUCGUUUCCUCCUUCCUCCUAGAGAGAGGGGGAGAGAGAGAGAGAGAGAAUGGUUGAGUGAAAUUCUACAUCAACGCGUUGAAUUGCAUGAUAUUGUCACCCUCACAUUUCCAUGGAUUACGAAAGGAUCCAAAAGCCUCAGGUGGGCGGUGGGGGAUUUUCCCCAGGGAAGCUGAGGAGUAUGCUACUGGGAGUAGAGAAGAAGAGGAAGGAGAAUGAAGAUACUGAAUGUGCAUUCACUCUGAGAUCUCAGCCUCCUGACUUUGAUGAUCAAGCUGGGGGUGGUGCAUCUGAUAACUGCAAAGAUGUGGAUGUUGUGAGUGUUCAUCCCAAAUGCUCGACUUUGAAUGCUGCUGACUCAUUAGGCCCGGAGAUGGGUAGCGACCAGCGAUUGAAGGAUAGCAGAUUAGUCAAUUCAAGAAUUAGGAGCCAAGAAGACCCUUCUUUAGAUUAUGGUAGUGGGUGCGAUGCUAUGAGUGUGUCCGCCUCCAUGUUUGAGUUUCAGAAGGCAGAGCGUGCCCCACAAAGGGUGCCUCUUGCCCCAUUCUCCAAACCAGCGCCGUCCAAAUGGGAUGAUGCGCAGAAGUGGAUAGCGAGCCCAACUUGGAACCGGCCAAAGAUGGGACAGGUUCAAAUGCAGGGUGGGCAAGGGGUUGGGUUGCAAAAGGUGGGUAGCUUUGGUUAUGGGAGUGGACAAUCGAGCUGUAGCACAAAGGUGGUUGUUGAAGUUCCAGAUCAAAAAGUAGAUAUUUUUGAAGAACCUGAUACGAAAAGAAUUGACACAAGCCAACCUAAGACGGCAAAUGGGGGGCAGAAGUGUGUAAGUUGGGAGCCUGAUCCAUACCCUAUUGCCGAUUCAUAUGGCAAAUCGGUGCUCAUGGUUGAGAGCUCUGUCGGAGAGUCGGCAAUCAAUCUUAGCCAGCAUGAUUCUUCUACAGCCUUUCAUGGAACAACAAUAUUUAUUCCUCCUCCUUCAACAGCAAGGUCGGUGUCAAUGAGAGACAUGGGGACAGAGAUGACACCUAUAGCUAGUCAGGAACCCUCCAGGACUGGAACUCCCGUGGGGGCAACAACACCAAUUCGCAGUCCUAAUAAUUCAAGUCCAUCAACUCCUAGCAGAGCUGCACCCACUUCAUCUCCGAUUGACCAAAAUACUAACAAGGAGUUGUCUGAAAAGGAGUUACAAUUGAAAACUAGGAGAGAGAUAAUGGUUCUUGGGACGCAGCUGGGUAAGAUGAACAUCGCUGCUUGGGCUAGCAAAGAGGAGGAUAAGGAUGCAUCCGCGUCACAGAAAACUGUACUGGAAGAACAGCCGGGUACAAGUGUUAUUGAGACACGUGCAGCAGCAUGGGAGGAAUCUGAGAAAGCCAAGUAUAUGGCUAGGUUCAAGCGUGAAGAGAUGAAAAUUCAAGCUUGGGAAAACCAUCAGAAAGCGAAAACAGAAGCUGAGAUGAGGAAAAUCGAGGUCGAGGUUGAAAGGAUAAGAGGACGCGCUCAUGGUAAGCUUAUGAAUAAGUUAGCAGCUGCAAGACAUAAAGCUCAAGAAAAGCGAACUGCGGCAGAGGCCAAGAGAAACCGGCAAGCAGCAAAAGCAGAGCAUCAAGCAGAGUACAUUCGCAAAACCGGUCGCAUCCCGUCCUCGUUUUGGUGUUGGGGUUGGUGCUGUUGAUAUUGGAAUCACUUUCUGCAAAUUUACGUCCAUGCUAAUGUAAAAACCUAAACACUUGAUUUGACUCAAGUCAAUAAAAGUCAGCAAGUACUCAAAUGUAAGUAUCAUCAGCAAGAGAAGGGUAAUGUUGUCACAUUGCUUAAUUUAUUUGUUCUUUGGGUAAAUUACAAUUUGCACCGUCAAGUUUGGACUGCACCAAAAAAGGGUAAUAUUGGCCUUUCACA